CUUUCAAAUAAAAACAGGUCACAAGCCCCCAAACUGGAUACAAUCAUAACCACGAAGGUUUCACAGCGGGUCUACAAGAUGGAAAAAUUCUUACUUUUGAUGGUGAUGUUUGCGACAUGCUGUGGAGCGCCCCAAGAUUUGUCUGGGAAAGUAUUUGUCUUCCCUGCAGAGACCACAGAAAGUUAUGUGAAACUCCUCAGAUCUACUACUAACCAAAUGAGUGCCGUAACUCUCUGUCUCAGAUUCCUCACAGAUCUCACCAGAAACUAUUCACUCUUCUCUUCGGCGACUCGCGCGCAGGACAAUCACUUCCUGCUCUUCAAACCGAGUUCAGAGCAUGUCAUCAAGAUGCACGUUCAGGACGGGGCUGCGGACUUUCUGUCACUGUCAUUUCCCCCAAACACCUGGCACUCUUUGUGUGCCACCUGGAGCUCUGACACUGGCCUAGCUCAGCUGUGGGUGGACGGUAAGCGAACCAUCAAGAGAUUCAUCAAAUCUGGUCAGCCCAUCAGCGGAGAGGCCUUCACCAUCAUGGGACAAGAGCAAGAUUCAUAUGGUGGGGAUUUUGAUGUCACUCAGACAUUCGUAGGUAUGAUUUCUAAAGUCCACAUGUGGAACUACAUCCUCUCUACCGCUGAGAUCAAACGCUAUGUGGAUGACACCAUCUUCACCCCGGGAAACAUAUACAACUGGAGAGCCCUGGAGUAUGAAAUCAAAGGGCAGGUUUUGGUGGACGAGAAGCCUGAAGAUGCGUACAGCAGCAUCAAUUAAAAAAAAAAAAAAAAAUGUAUUCAAAUCCCAGUUAAGACAGAAUAAGCUAAUAUUCUGAAAUAAUAUAACCAGAACUCAGAUUUAGAAAAUAUGUUUAAUCCUUUAAAAUCCGACAUGAAAAUCACCACCACAUAACUGAAACAUGGCAGGAGGAACAGGCAGCACAUAUUGCAUGAGAAGGCAUUUCCGUGACUAUGUACAUAUACACAUUUUAUACACAGUAAAAAUAUAGUAAUUGAAGCAUAUAGGACGACCAGCAACGUGUGAAACAUUCAUGUAGAAAAAAGCAUGGGAAAUUAUCGACCCAGAAUCAUCAUGGAGAGAAUAUAUCUGUCAUAUCACAAUCUAAACAUGAAAUAUAAAAAGAGAAAUUGUCAAAUAGUCCCUCCUUAUAGGCAAUACACGCUAUAAAGGUUCAGACAUCCUUCUGUCAGUAUACAGUUUACUUACAAUCAUCUAAGUUACACAAUACAAUGUUUGUCAUUUCAACCUACAGCAAUCAUAUCAAUAAAUAUUCUUCUCAGAGCUGAAAGGUGGCAGAUUGUGGUUCAUAUUAAAGUACUUAAAAUUCA